CAUAGACCGUCUCGCGAGAAAGUGUUCCUCUUGCAUUAGCCGUUCCUUCCUGAACUGAGAACCGAAUCGAAGUACCCGUCGGACACAUAGCAGUUCAUCCUAGGCCCACGUUUUUGUUCUUCCCCGGAACAUCCGCUGCAGUACCCAAUUCUCUCCCUGUGUGGGCCGACCAUCCUCGGACUCGAGUACUGGGUGGCAUCCGUGGAAACAGCCCCUCUCCCGGUCUGCAAGACGCAGACUGGCCCGGGCCAACAUCGAGGAAACCAGAGCGCGAUACAUGAUUCUCUCAAUGGAGAGGAGGAUGCAAUGCAAAAUGCGGUGAUGCGUUUUGUGCAAAGUUUCAUUUUUACUAAAGUAGCCGUCUCCUUUAUUGCGAGACAGCACGCUAGUUUGCAAGUUCAAAACUAGCCCGGCACAUAUUUGGUCAGCUUGUGAGCUAGCUAGGUAACGGAUAAAUAUCUAGCUAGCAGGCUACCUAGCCUAACCGUUCGUACGAGAUGGUGAUCGCCUCCAACAGAUCUUGACAGGCAUAGAUAGCUGCUGGCUAGUUCUCUGACACUGAUUACUAGCUGGCUAGGUUAGAACAUUUGCUAGCUAGCUAUUUUUUAAAGUUGAUUUAACCCUGUUUGAAAGUUUCAGCGGACAAAAGAACGUUGGGUAGUAUAAGAAUAUAACGUUAUUUACUUUUCCAGCAUACUGAGUAGCUUGCCAGGUGGCAAAUAUAGCUAGCUGAGUAUCAUCGUGCUGGCUAACUAUUCAUCUUGUUGCAGCGACUGAAAAUCGCGGUAACGUUAGGUGGCUAGGCAUUGUUUGUAUAGGUUGUAUACAAACAGUUGCUUGAGAGCAAAGUCUGUGCAAGAGACCCUAAAACCCUAUGUGGAUAUGGCCCCAAAGAAGAAACCGGGUCUCACAAUAAACCCGCCCACCGGAGAGGGGCAGCCGGCGUCAACCACCAUCGAAGCCUCCUCAGAGGCCAACUUGGAGGCCCUGCAGACGAAGCUGGGAGAGCUGGACCUGGACGAGCAGCAGAGGAAGCGCCUGGAGGCCUUCCUCACGCAGAAGGCCAAGGUGGGCGAGCUGAAGGACGACGACUUCCAUCGCAUCUGCGAGCUCGGCGCCGGCAACGGGGGCGUGGUCAACAAGGUCCGCCAUAAACCCUCCGGGUUGGUCAUGGCCAGAAAGCUGAUCCACCUGGAGAUCAAGCAGGCCAUCAGGAACCAGAUCAUCCGCGAGCUGCAGGUCCUGCACGAGUGCAACUCUCCUUACAUCGUGGGCUUCUACGGGGCCUUCUACAGCGACGGCGAGAUCAGCAUCUGCAUGGAGCACAUGGACGGAGGCUCGCUGGAUCAGGUGCUGAAAGAAGCCAGAAGGAUCCCAGAGGAAAUUUUGGGCAAAGUCAGCAUAGCAGUUCUCAGAGGGCUGGCCUACCUGCGGGAGAAGCACCAGAUCAUGCACAGAGACGUCAAGCCCUCCAACAUCCUGGUGAACUGCCGCGGGGAGAUCAAGCUGUGCGACUUCGGCGUGAGCGGCCAGCUCAUCGACUCCAUGGCCAACUCCUUCGUGGGAACGCGCUCCUACAUGUCGCCGGAGAGACUGCAGGGCACGCACUACUCGGUGCAGUCGGACGUGUGGAGCAUGGGCCUGUCCCUGGUGGAGCUGUCCAUCGGCCGCUUCCCCAUCCCCCCGCCCGACGCCAAGGAGCUGGAGGCCAUCUUCGGCCGGCCCGUGCUGGACGGGGCGGAGGGGGGGAUGCACAGCACCUCCCCGCGGCCCAGGGUCCCGGGACGGCCAGUCAGCGGGCACGGCAUGGACAGCAGGCCGGCCAUGGCCAUAUUCGAGCUGCUGGACUACAUCGUCAACGAGCCUCCCCCCAAACUCCCCCACGGCGUCUUCACGGCGGACUUCCAGGACUUCGUGACGAGGUGCCUCAUCAAAAACCCGGCAGAGCGAGCCGACCUGAAGAUGCUGAUGAACCACACGUUCAUCAAGCGCUCGGAGGUGGAAGAGGUGGACUUCGCAGGCUGGCUGUGUAAAAUCAUGGGCCUGAACCAGCCCAGCACUCCCACCCGCAGCGCGGUCUGAACAGGGAACAGCCUGCUCGUCUGCCACCAGGAUCUCUCUCUCUCCCUCUCUCUGUCACUCUCUCUCUCUCACACACACACACACACACACACACACACACAUUGCACACAGCCGCAAAUAUCUUUCCUCAUACACGCACGUUUGAUUCGGGGGAGGGAACAAAGUUCCGCCGUUCUCCAAAGCUACAAACAUCCUUUUUCAACCUUUUUUUUUUUUAACAUUUAGCCGUUUCAAAUUUUACAUUCACGAAGCAAUGAGAGGAGUGUUGCCGGAAGCACUUGUCCCUGCCUUAGAGCAUAUUCAGUUCAGCCGCACGUGUCUGGGAAAUGUUUAUAUGCGUACUGAUACAUGUGUAAAUGACCGUUCCAUUCAGAUCUUAAUUUUUUCACAAAAUGGAUGGUCUUAUCGAAUCCUGUGUACGUAAGUCACAUUUGAGAUUCCUUUACAGAACACGGAAAGCUCUUAACCCGUUGCCUGUGUUUAAAGUGUUAAAAACCACAGAAGCGGUAAAAAAAAAUGCGUAUCUCUGCAUUGUUAGCAUUUUCUCAACAUGCUAAAUUUCCCAGUUCCCAAUACCUUUCUUCAUUCUAUUCCCAUCUAGGUAACGCUCCGUUAGAUGAAUCAAGACUGGGAAAAUAAAUGAACGGUGCGAUUUUAAUUACGAGAGAUAUUUUUUGUGAAGAUUUCAGAAAUCAGUGUAUAGAAAUUAUAUAAAAUAAUGUAUGUUCUGAGAGAGUAUAUUUUGAACGGAUGCAAAGGUUUUGGUACUCGUUACAUUUAAUUGUUUUUGAAUCUUGAAUCGGGGCUGAACAACAUUUGAAAUGAGUGUGAAGAUGUUUAGCUGUUUAUAAGGGAGGAAGAGUAACUGAAUUUCGCUCGAGGCCUGAACGCAUUUCACUGCCAUAUUUCGCUGCUUUUUAAAGAAUGACGCAGUGUCACCAAAGCAUGAAUGGUUUUAUCAUAAUCCCGUUGGAAUUCCUGAGACACUGCCCGGGAUAUCUCCGUUUGUAAAUUAUCUUCAGAGACUGUUUCCACACUACCUAGAAUGCAGUUAUUUAAACUACAAGUGAUGCUAGUGUAUCUUGGCUGUUUCGUGGAAAUAUUGUUCACCUGUUUUUCUGACGAUGAACUUAAUUGCGAACUUUGUUGCGUUCCCGGUUGUAGUGAAACUGGCUGCCAUUGACCUUGCAAAAAUGGCGAAAUUCUGUUUAGGGGGAAAGAGUUUUUUUUUUUUUCUUUACUAAAAAGGAAUGUCAAGGCAGUGUUGUCAGUCAUAUUUGUUAAUCAUCAUUUUUGCCGGUCAUCAAAAGAAAAUCUUGUUGAAAGUGUAAAUAUUGGCAUGGUAACGGUCAUAAUGUAGGUGACGGGCGCGCUACGCGGGGUUCUUGAAGCCAGGGAUUGACUGUACCUUCAAAUUGAGGCUGUCAAGUUAAUUACUUCCCGCUGGCAAAAACCUUUUAACGAACGAACACGCCGAUUUCCUCAGAUACGACUCGGAAGGCCUGCGACGACCUUGGAAGUGCAGGGUCGAGCGCUUAAAGUUAAUGGGCCUCAUUCACGAAACGUGUACAAUCACAUUUGUGUAUAAGAACGCUUUGAAGAAAAUUUCGGCAUUCAUAAUUUUUUUUUAAUCUGCACGUGUAGAUGGCUGUUUAUGCUAAUCGCAUGAACUGGAUUGCGCAUAAAAUGUACAGUUAGCAUUCAUCAUCUCAUACACCUGGUAUAUGCACAAAAACAAAGGACUGCACGUGUCACGGAUCCCAUAUUCGUUUUUCAUAGGAACAUUUUAAGGAACACACUUUGUGAAUGAGGCCCAAUGUCGGCCUCCUCUGUCGGAAGUCUGCGUUUCUGGGACUGCCUUUUCCCCCCCAUAAUUGACUUGGCAACCUGCUUCCGUGGAUAACCGUUGUAAGCAAACUCCGACGGGUUGCGGGUUGUUUACGUAACAGCGACAUCCUUUCAGCAUUUUCUUUUCUGUGUACGACCGUCGCCGGGUUAAACGUGUCAGAUUUAUGUCGGGACGUCGUGGUCUGCGAUGGCACGAGAACCCCCGAGUCAUGGGAACGGUUGCCCCGCCUCCCCCCCUUUUUUCGCAUAAAACAUCGCAGCUGUACUUCUCGCAAUCGGAUGUACUCGUCCCCGAGCAAAUAUGAAUGGAAGCUCGACUCAAAAGCUCUGCGCACGCGGUACGCAUCUGCCGCUCACUUGUAGAACUUGUGUUCUUGAACACUUGCAGUAAAUAUCCGAUUUCUGCACAUGCUGGAUUUAUUAUUUUCUGUCUGAUGCUUUCCUUUUUGCAUAUGUUUUCUAAAUGUAUUAUUUUACUUAUGCCCGGUUUAUUAUUGUGAAUCACGCUCUAUAAGCAUUUAAAUGUCCACAGUGCAAUGUGGCAUACUGGUGAUUUGAAUAGCAUAUAAUUAUUUUAGUUAGUUUUUUUUCCUCCGUUUUUUAAAUUUAACUAUAUAAUAUGUGGCAUAUUAUUGAUGUUUUGGUGAUUACUAAACCAUCGCCGAUAUACCACGUUACGAAAUAUAUGUAUGCAUAUGUGUAUAUGCAUAUGUCUAUAAAUAUGGAAUUUUGUUCUCUUGGCUGGUAAAUCAUGUGGAUUGAAUGUAUUAUUUAAGUGUUAAAAAUAAACUAUGAAUAAAUGAAUACUGCAUUUGUGUUA